AUGAAGAGCUGCCAAGCUGCCUUCAUAUGCCAGAAGCUGAAAGAUCCGAGGAGGAUACUGGGGGAAAUUGCUUUCCAGCUGGACCGUCGAAUCCUCUCGUAUGUUUUCCAGGAACAGUCUAGACUGUAUGGAUUCACCGUGCAGAACAUACGAGAUAAAAUAGAGCAGGUCUCCACACACCCCCUGACAGGAAAGGUGGAUGAAGAAUACAAGUUUCAGCUGUCAAAGCGACACGUGGAGAUCAUGGAUAGACUUUGUACACUGGGCUACAACAUCACCCUGCACCCCCCCUUCACAGAGUUUCUCGUCAACUCAUUCGGCAUUCUGAAGGAGCUGCCUGACGCGUACGGCGAGCAGGAACCGGCCUUUAACAAUCCCAAUUUCUUACGUAGAGUGAUUGUUGAAACGGCCCCAUCCAAACUGCUCAGAGAACUCCUGCUUCUCCUCAGCUGUCUGUGCUUCAUGGCGAAACAGGAUGAGAAGACUCUCCUUCUGUGGUAG